CUUCUCUUGCAAGGCAUACAAGUAGAUCGCCAAAGUAGACCUCAUAGCUCCCUGUGUCCCACUUAAAUCAGACCCCAAGGCCACAGGGACGCCACAUUCUGAGUUUUCUAGGACAGACCUAUGCUAGACAGAAGAAUGGCCCCCAGAAGAUGUCCACAUCCUAAUCCCCAGAACCUGUGAUAAUGUUACCUUCCAUGGUAGAGGGACUUUGCAUCUGUGAUUAAGGAUUUUGAGAUGGGGAGAGUGUCCUGGGUUAUCUGGGUGGGCCCAGUGUGAUCCCAAGGGUCCUUAUAAGAGGGAGGCAGGAGGGUCACAUGCAGUAGUGAGAAGUGAUGACAGAUGCAAGAGGUAGGAGUAAUUCAGGGAAGGGAAUACGAGCCAAGGAAUGUAGGUGGCUCCUUUCUAGAAGCUGAGAAAACCAGGAAAUGGAUUCUCACCUAGACCCCCCAGAAGCGACCAGCUCUGCCAACACCUUGAUUUUAGUUCUGUAAGAUUAUUUCGGACUUCUGACCUCCAGAACUAUAAAAGGAUAAAUGUGUGUUGUUUUAACUGCUAAGUUUGUGCAAUUUGUUACAGCAGCAACAGGAAACUAAUACAGCUGCCUUCUGUCCCCUGGAACACCCUUGUCAGGCUGUGUGCCCAUGUCUUAUCUGAUCAGUAUGGUUAUUAUACAUAGAAGCUUACAGCAUAAGAAGUAAGGAGAUGUGGACCACAAAAGCGUGACUCCUUGGGUUCCAUUCUUAUAUAGAGUGACCAACUCAUCUUGGUUUGCCCGGGACUUCACCAGUUUUAGCACUGAAAGCCCCCAGGUCCUGGGAACCCCCUCAGCCUUGUGCAAACCAGGACAUUUGUUCCCCCUAAAUCCUAGCUGCUCACUUAUUUAGUCAUGUGACUUUGAGCAAGUUACUUAACUUUCUCUGUGCCACAGUUUCCCCAUCUGCAAAAUGGGGGUAACAAGAUUGUUGUGAGAAUUAUUAAUUGGGUUAAUAAGUAGAAUGUUGCCUAGCCCAUUGAAUGUUCAACAAAUAUUAGCUUUUAUUAUUAUAUGAGACCAGGUGCGGUACAGAAGUUCCUGGAGUUGCUUUGUUUGGAAGAAGUAAUAUUCUUGAAAUUCUCAGACCACCGACUGAAUCUCCUUCAACGUUUGUCUUUCUUUACCUUCUUCUGAUGGUCAGGGAGCCCCUCGCUUCUCUCUGAGCCCAUGAAGACUUGUUUCGUGGGAGGCAAUGUGACGCUCACCUGCGAAGUGUCUGGAGCCUACCCCCCCGCCAAGAUCCUGUGGCUGAACAACCUCACCCAGCCGGAGGUCGUCAUCCAGCCCAGCGGCCACCACCUCAUCACCCAGAGUGGCCAGAGCUCCACCCUCACCAUCCGCAACUGCUCCCAGGACCGGGACGAGGGCUACUAUGUCUGCCGGGCUGAGAACCCCGUGGGGGUGAGGGAGGUGGACAUCUGGUUGAGCGUGAAAGAGCCUGUAAACAUCGGGGCAGUUGUGGGCACCAUCGUGAGCCUCCUUCUGCUGGGACUGGCCGUUAUCUCCGGGCUUCUGUUGUACUACAGCCCUGUGUUCUGCUGGAAAGUAGGAAGCACUUUCAGGAGGCAAGACAUGGGUGAUGUCAUGGUUUUGGUGGAUUCAGAAGAGGAAGAGGUGGAGGAGGAGGAAGAUGCUGCAGAAGAGGAAGAGGAGGAAGCAAGUGAGACGUACGAGUCUCCAAAAGAAGUAACCAAGUACGGCCACAUCCACAGAGUGACCGCACUGGUGAAUGGGAAUGUGGACCGGAUGGCCAAUGGACUCCAGGCUCUGCAGGAUGACAGCAUUGGGCAGCAGAGGUGACAUUAUUCACGAAGAAGACAGGCCAGUUUGAAGAAGACAACUGUCCUUUGUUAUCCUGUCUCAAAAGCUUGGAAAGCUACGUCGAAGAUGAGUUUUAUAUUCUGCUUCACUUGACUGGCAUCCCUGCCUGAGGGCUGAAAACGGUUUGUGGCUCUCAGCAAAAAAAGGAAAACACACACACACAUCUUUCCUUCCCUUUUUUUUCUUUUGUCUAAAUUGGUUUGAUUUACUGUAAGUUUUCUCAACAAUGUUGAAAAGCUUUGGAACGGGCAGUGUGUGGGGGGGAAAGCUGCAUUUGGUAUCUGAGGUGCCCCUGUCGCUGUGCCCCUGGCCUUCUCCAGGUUGACUGGUGCUGAGAUGGGGGAGGCACUUGGCCUCGGCGCCCUUUGUCACUGUUAAAGGUCUGUAACCAGCUCGCCCCGGCACACAAGGGAAUAGUGUGGGGUGAUAAGGACACUUCCUUUUUCACUGCUCAGGUGAGCUGAGGAACCAGGCACAUCAGCUCUCUGGAAAAGGUGAGGGGGGGUCAGCUACUGAUGCUAAUCAGAGGGCGGCACUUUGCUUCGGGUUGUGAGUCGGAAACACCUGGUCUCGCAUCUGGACUCUGCUCCUUACCUGCUUCAUGGGCUUGGGCAGGUAGCUUUACCUCUUCCCUGAGCCUCAGUUUCUUCAUCUGUGAAAUGGGUGAAAUCACACCUAUCUUACAGGGUUAUGGUGGGGACCGAGGUACUUCAGGAUGUGAGAGUGCCUAGGAGGUGCUCCGUAGAUGAUCGUUAUCUUCUCCUUUGCCUUCCUUAGCGGAAGAAGAAAAAUGUCAACUGUUCAGUUACAAACUGCUGCCUGGGCCUUCCAUUCUCUGUAGAAUAUUCCAGACCAGGGCAUCAUCAGAGCUCUCCUGGGGAUUUUUGCCUCCCUGGAGAUAGAAUUCUUUUCAAAAGAGGUAGGGACUGAUAAGAGGAAGUGCCUUUCAUUAGAAUCUCGCAUUUUCCAGAGCUUCGUGUUUAUAGAAAAGCCUCUUAGGUGAUGCACUGUUAGCUUUCAGACUUUCCCAUCCUUCCUUUCUCCUGUGGCUUUGAAAAAGGCAAGGAGAAAUGUUUUGUAACGGAGUAGAUCAGUUCGUCUGGCCUCGGUUUCUUGAUCUUGGAAAUGAGAAUGGGAAAGCUUGUUUCCUUCCUACUUCUUAAGGAUGUUAUGAAGAUACGCUGCUCAAUAAUGCUAAGUUUUGAAUGAAAAUAACAUAUGAUGAGUUUAAGCUGCUGCUGUUCCCUGUACAGUUUAGAGAUUUUUUUUUUCCUUUCUAAUUUCAUCCUAAUCUCUUAAAUGUCAGGGACCUUCUAAGGGUGUAAAAUAUGUGUGCUAAACUUGAAAAUCUGACUUGAAUUUGCACUCUUCCAUGUUGCAUAUCCUGCUCUGAUGGGCACAACUUAAAGGGGAACUUCCCUCUCCAAUAACAGGACCUGGGACUCCCAAGAUGAGAAGUGUGUUACCUGCAGGGUUACCUUGCAGGUGUGGUUAGAGAAGGUCCACUUUCUUGGAUGAAGGAACUAAACUGAGGGAGUCACUAGAAGUGAGCCCUGUCCCCAGCUCAGAACACUGGGGAGGUCAGAGGCUGGCUGCAAUGUCUACCCGUCAGGGAUAGCUGUGACCUUCAGUUCUCUUGUUGGGCUGGGUCUUUCGCUGCGUGGAACCUCACAUUCUUAACCACUCUAACCAGUCUAAGUUAGUGUCAUUUCAGAACGGAUACUUGACAGGUUGUGUUUAAACUCACUGAACACUGAGCUAGUCUCUGGAUCCGACAGUCCACCCUGCAGAGGCGACCAUAUUUAAAAAGGGAAAAAGCAAAGAAACUAUUAGGAAAAAAAAAAAAAAUCCCUAGCUGGGAAUGCAGAGAAUGAUUUGCAAGAUCACUGAGAUGCUUCCUGUGACUUCCUCUUCUGCAUGCACACCUGAUGAUAGGGAAAUCUUCGAGGCAGGAUUUUUCCACUAGUAAAUGAGAGCUUCAGGGUUUUGGUGCCAAACAUUAUUAACCCUUGUCCAGCUGAGCUGUGAUUGUUGUCACUUAUAUCUGAGCCCUGUGUGCACAGAUAAUAUUGCUGGGUCAGUUAAGAGCUGAGGUACUGGGGGGUCUUCAAGCUUUAAGGAUUUUUAAAGAAUUAGGGCUUUUUUGCUUUUGUUUAAGAUGACCCAUCCCCAACUCCACCAGUACGUUGACAGCGGGUUACAGACUUUCUGUGGCAAAGUCCAACUUGUUACAUUGUGCUUUAAAAUAAAAUCUUAUCUGAAUGUAUUGUGAACUGGAGAGGAGAAGGUAUACUUACCAGAACCAGGAAGAUAAAUACUUCCAGGCCAUCGCAACUGACAUUCCUUUUCCUCAAAACCUGGUGGACAUUGGGAAAAGGGCUGUCAUAAUCCUGUGGCUUUGAUAUCAGCUCCCAUCCUCACAAGCACACACCAACCCUGUUACUGCAGCAGGAAAGCCCAUGAUGGAAAAUUUCCCUAACCCAGGCACUGAAACCUGGAAAAUCAUCCUUGCUGGGUAAAGUUUAUUAUGAUGCAACAUGUGCCAACUGGUAUUUCUCACCAUGGUCCUGGCCAGGAACUGCUGCAAAAAGAACGAAACAGAUCCCUCUGCAUUAUUUACAUUUUAAUAAUUGGUGUGGAGGCAAGGUUGGGAGAAAUUCAUUCUGAGGUUAUAAUAUGGAUUUUAUUAAGAUAAUGGAAUAAAGUUAUUUUUAAAUAA